ACGCUGAAAUUACCACAUAUCAAACGCCUCAGGAACAACAUUUGGAGGUUAAACAUUAACUUGCAUCUGACAGCUUAUCGAAGAACGUGUUUUUAUAUCUUUUCCUUCUACGAAAUCCGUCAUUCACUCACAGAUAGUGAAACUAUCGAGUGUUACGGACCGAUAACCUUCCGGAGAAAUCGUUUACGUAAACCUAACAAGACUUUUUUGUCAACAAUCUCGUUUAUAUCUCUAAUCAUAGUGUGUGCAAUUAUACUCCCAAGUUCUUUGAAUUCAUUGUCAUCGAGUCCCCCGAGUCAUUUGGUGUCCAUUUGUCAGCCCCUCAUUAAGUAGUUACACAACUAGACCUCCUCCUCCUCCGUCUUCUUCUUCUAUUCCUAGUGGUUUUGUCCUCUCACUUCUACUGAGGCAAGCCCUGAACAUAACUAGACCUGACGGAACAUCGCAGCAUGAUUAGUCGAAAAUGGAGCACCUGCUUCGCCCCAGCUACACGGAAACAUAUGACGAGGAGACACUUCUCUGGUUGACGAAGGAAUUUGCGAGAAUUGAGGGAGAAUUCUACUUGGAUCAUGCUGGGGCAACUCUCUACGCUGACAGCCAGAUUAGGAGGAUUGGGGAGGAUUUGGCGGGUUCAUUGUACGCUAAUCCACAUUCUGCUGCUGGAAAUUUGACGUCUGAAGUUGUAGAACGAACUCGGUAUAGAAUUUUGGACUUCUUCAACGCCUCCUCUGAAGAGUACAGCCUGAUCUUCACAUCAGGUGCCACUGCCUCCCUGAAAAUCGUCGCAGAAGCCUUCGACUUCGGGGAGUCCGGGCAAUUUGUAUACCUAGAUAACAACCACACAUCUGUCCUCGGGAUGCGCGACGUGGUAGGUAAUAACGGAGCCCAUCUCAAGUGCCUGAGAUUCCACGAGGCCUUCGAGACAUUCCAAAAUGGCAAAAGGAUCGCCGACGUCACAGAGAGCAGCAGCAAUUCACUGUUCGUUUAUCCCGCUCAGUGCAAUUUUUCUGGCUUCAAGUAUCCUCUCCAAUGGAUCCAGGACACUCACGAUGGAUCACUUAAUUCUGUCACUGAAGGACUGUCAAAGUGGUAUGUUCUGCUCGAUGCAGCUGGCUUCGUUGGAACUAGUGUUCUGGACCUAUCACUCUACAAACCAGACUUCGUUGUUCUGUCGUUCUAUAAGAUGUUUGGCCUACCAACUGGGAUUGGUGCGUUGAUUGUAAAAAAAUCGUGUGAGAAUGUCAUGGAGAAAGUCUAUUAUGGCGGUGGAACUGUCAAUGUGGCGCUCAGCACCGAGAAUUUUCACGUUAAAAGGGAAAAUCUGCAUGAAAGAUUCGAAGACGGAACACUCUCAUUCCUGUCAAUAAUCGCACUCCAACACGGUCUGGAUAUCUACAAAAAAAUUCCCCUCCCCCAGAUAUCCAGUCACGUGUUCCACCUCGCUAAGUACCUGCACCACUCCCUCUUGACAUUGCAUCACUGCAAUGGAAAGCCACUAGCAAAGAUCUACGUCGACACAGAUUACGAGGACAUAACGACCCAAGGUGGAACACUGUCCUUCAAUGUCUUGAGACCGAAUGGUGGGUACGUUGGCUACAUGGAAGUCCUCCACAUGGCGGCUCUUUUCAAGAUCCACCUGCGCACUGGGUGCUUCUGCAAUCCAGGGGGCUGUCAACGUCAUUUGAAUCUGUCCACCCUGGAGGUUCUGGGGAAUUACGACGCUGGGUACAAAUGUGGAGGUAGCAAGGAUAUAAUCGAUGGAAAACCCACUGGGGCUGUCAGGGUGUCAUUCGGCUACAGCUCGAGCUUCAAGGACGUCGAGAUGCUGCUUUUGAUGAUUAAGAAAUGUUUUUUAGCCGGUCCAGCUGUUGCUAAACUACCUGAGGGAUGGAUUUCCAAACGGAAUCAAGGGAAUUUCGGGAUGCAAGGAUCAAUCAAAAUCGAGGGAUCGAAAGUCAUGAGAAAUACUCGAUUGAUAUUACCAAACGCUCUUGUCAGUACGAAUGGACCAGAGAGGAUAGCAAAAUUAGGGAGAGACACGUCAACACAGAACGAUGAUAAUGAGAAGAAUAAUACAGAUGGAAGUAAUCCCUCGAGGACGCUAGUUCUCUCCAAACUAUGCAUCUACCCCAUAAAGUCCUGUGGAGCUUUUGCAAUAGCCGACUCCUGGGAUUUAACAGAAAAAGGAUUGGCCUACGAUCGUGAGUGGAUGAUUGUCAAUUCCUCCGGGAUUUGUGUGACGCAGAAGCAGGAGGUGAAGCUCUGCUUAAUAAAACCGACGGUGUGUCGUCGAAGGAACGUCCUUAGGCUGGAUUAUCCAGGGAUGCUGGGGGUGGAAGUGCCUCUGGACUAUUCUGAGGAGGAAGUGAUCAAUGGGGAGAUGUGCAGGAGUCGGGUUUGCGGGCAUAGGGUCCAGGGGGUUGACUGUGGGGGCGAGGUAUCAGACUGGCUGAGUCUUGCUUUUGGCAAGGAGCUCAGACUCAUAAGACAGUCGACCUCUGGGGUGAAUGGAAGAGGAAGGGAGGAACUUUCGUUCUCCAGUCAGGCGCAAUUUCUGAUGGUGAACGGGGCUAGUGUUGAGUGGCUCGUGGACAGGAUUCCUGAGGACUCAGACUGUGAUAAGGACGGGGUGUUGGAGAGGUUCAGGGGGAAUAUGGUGGUUGUUGGGGCACGGGCUUUUGAAGAAGAGACGUGGACGCAGAUUAGAAUUGGGGAGGAAGUCUUUAAGGUGAUGGGACCCUGCACGAGAUGUCAAAUGGUAUGUAUUGAUCAACAAACUGGUUUAAAAACAAUCGAGCCUCUUCGAUUGCUAGCCGAAGAGUUUCAUGGGAAAAUGAAAUUUGGGAUUUACCUCACGAGGAAAAAUUCCACCUCUGGGAAGUUAAAAAUUGGGGAUCACGUAACAUGCAUGUGAUUAUUCUUACAUUUUCUGCUGUUCCUUGAGAAUCUCUAUUAUAUAUUUUCAAUAGACAUUUUACAAGUUUUGUAAAAUCUAUCUUUUAAAAUAAAUUUAAUUGAUUUAUUC